AUGGCUCAAGCGCAGACGGAUUAUUCCGCCGAAAAGUACACGCCCAGCCAUCAUGAAGAUCUCAAGAAUGAGGACGCGCACCAGAUUGCAGGACACGGUCAUGCUGCCACAGACAUCUACGGACAUGCCCUGAUGGAGUUCGAUAAGAAGGCUGAGUCACGUCUCAGGCUGAAGAUUGAUCUGUACAUCAUCCCGACCGUGGCCCUCCUCUACCUAUUUUGUUUCAUCGAUCGUGCCAACAUCGGAAACGCUCGCCUAGCUGGUCUCGAAAAGGAUCUUGGACUCACUGGCUAUGAUUACAAUACCGUCCUAUCUAUCUUUUACAUCAGCUACAUUAUUUUCGAGAUUCCUUCCAACAUCUGCUGUAAAUGGAUGGGUCCUGGAUGGUUCAUUCCCAUCAUCUCACUAUGCUUCGGCAUUGCAUCGAUUGGCACGGCUUUUGUCCAUGACAUCAGUGCGAUUUGUGGAGUUCGCUUCCUUCUGGGUAUCUUCGAAGCUGGUAUGCUACCAGGUAUCGCAUACUAUAUGUCUCGUUGGUACAGACGCUCUGAGCUUGCGUUCAGACUGUCGCUAUACAUCGUCAUGGCUCCUCUGGCCGGUGCUUUUGGAGGAUUAUUGGCAUCAGCGAUCCUCACACUCGACUCCUUCGGCUCCCUUACACGCUGGAGGAUGAUUUUUGCGAUUGAGGGCAUAGUCACCUGCUGUCUGGCACUUAUCUCGUUCGUAACGCUGACGGAUCGCCCGGAGACUGCGCGCUGGCUGACUCAAGCGGAAAAAGAUCUGGCCAUUGCUCGUGUCAAGUCUGAGCGUGUUGGCCAGAACGAGGUGCUGGACAAACUAGAUACAAAGAAGACGCUUCGUGGUAUCUUCAACCCUGUAGUGCUGACGACCUCUUUCAUUUUCCUGCUCGACAAUAUUACGGUACAGGGUCUUGCUUUCUUCGCGCCUACCAUCGUCAGGACGAUCUACCCUCGAGAUUCAGUCGUCUCGCAGCAGCUCCAUACCGUUCCGCCAUACGUCGUAGGUGCCUUCUUCACGGUCCUCCUGCCCUUCCUCAGUUGGAGAUACGACAGGCGCACGAUCUUCUUCAUCCUAGGAGCUCCACUCAUGAUGAUCGGAUACAUCAUGUUCUUGGCCAGCACCGAAGCAAUGGUCCGAUACGGAGCUACCUUCUUAAUUGCGUCUGGAGCAUUCUCGUUUGGUGCUCUCUGUAACGCGCAAGGCUCGGCUAACGUGGUAUCUGAUACCGCGCGAGCAUCCGCUAUCGGUACCGUUGUCAUGUUUGGCAACCUAGGCGGUUUGAUAUCGACCUGGAGCUUCUUACCCACAGAUGCUCCCAACUACCCUAUCGGUAAUGGGCUUAAUCUGGCGACCAGCAGUACGAUCUUGAUAUCGAGCACGCUCCUCUUGCUCUGGAUGAACAGAAGCAACAAGCAGCGCGAAAGCAUUGAUAUUCGAUUCAGCUCUGCAGCCAUGCCUUCCGCCAUUGUGAUCAGACAGGUCGAAGGCAAGCCAGGACAAGUCUAUUACCCUCUCGAGAAGAUAACUGUUCCCGAGCCAAAGCCAAAAGACAACGAUGCCGUUAUAACCAUCACAGGCGCCGCGUUGAACCAUCGUGACCUAUUCAUCCGCCAGCACCUCUACCCCGGCACAACCUUUGGCGUCCCCCUUCUUGCAGACGGUGUCGGCAUCGUUAGCUCGACCGGCACGUCAUCCUCCGCGAAAUCAUGGCUGAACAAGCGCGUGCUCCUGAACCCUGGCACAGGCUGGAAGGAUAGCCUCGAGGGCCCAGAACAUCCAAAGGGUUAUGCGAUAAUGGGUGGCACCAAGAGCAACCCCGCAGGUACACUACAAGAUGUGUGUGUGCUAGACGCAGGCGAACUAGAAGAGUGUCCCGAGCACCUCAGUGACGAGGAGGCUGCAGCGCUUCCUCUGACUGGUCUCACAGCCUGGCGCGCAUUCUGGGUCAAGAGCGCAAAUGCAGUUGCAGGGCGAAAUAUCCUGGUUACAGGCAUUGGAGGCGGUGUCGCGCUCAUGGUUCUGCUAUUUGCCGUGGCACAGGGCUGCAACGUGUACGUGACCAGCGGAAACCAGGACAAGAUUGACAAGGCGGUCAAGCUGGGUGCCAAGGGUGGUGUAAUUUACAAGGAGAAGGACUGGGACAAGAAACUGCAGGCUAUGCUGCCCAAGGACCGACAAUAUCUCGAUGCCAUUGUCGAUGGCGCGGGAGGUGACGUGGUCAAAGUGGGUAGUAAAAUACUCAAGGUUGGCGGCAUCAUCUCUAUUUACGGUAUGACCAUCUCUCCCAAGAUGGAUUUCCUCAUGUCCGCUGUGUUGCGCAACAUCGAAGUCCGUGGCUCUACCAUGGGCUCACGGAAAGAAUUCGCCGAUAUGGUACAGUUCGUGAAGGAGAAGAAGAUGAGGCCUGUUGUCAGCCGAAGUGUGCAGGGUCUGGAUAUUGACAAGAUUGAGACACUGUUUGAUGAUAUGAAGAGCGCUAGUCAAUUUGGCAAGUUGGUAGUUGUCCUUGGUCAGGGAAAGCAGAAAGCAUACAAGCCAGACGCUUCGAAACUCACAUCGAUCAUCCGUGUUGAUUCGUCCGAGGUUGUUUCGACUAAGGUACUACUAAUCAAGACACAGCAAAUUGCAGCUAUUGCUGCAGGAUUGGGCUUCUCCUACAAAGCGACAAAGAAAACCACAAUCAUGUCCGCCUACGAUAAGAAGCAGCCCAACAUCUCAAACAACAGUCUAAAACAAGAUGGCUAUUCUAGGAAUGGUGAAGCAACGGCUACUUGUUAUUGCGGAGCUGUACAAUUAGCCUUUCCAACCAAUGCUCCAGGUCUCAUAGAUGUCUUCGUCUGUCAUUGCACUGACUGCCGAAAGAUCACAGCUUCAGCUUUUACAUCCGCAUUCAUUGUGGCAUCUUCCGCUGUCAAGUACAUCCGCGGAGAGGAAGACCUUAAAAUGUUCUCGCAGUCUCAGACUAUCAGCUCUGGGAAGGCCAUGACGAACUGCUUUUGUGAUACAUGUGGGACCCUCAUGUACAGGCUCAGUGAGGCGCAUCCAGAUAUCAGUCUAUUAAGAUUGGGUACGGUGGACGAUUUGAGUUUGAUGGAGGGAGUGCUGAAACCCAGGCGGGAGGUGUUUGUUAAGGAUAGGGUGGAUUGGUUCCAUGGUAUCGAAGGAGUGAGGCAGAGCGAGAUCACGGAGUCAGCAACCAUGAAGUUCAUCAAGCAGAUAGCCCAGCGCUUGAAUCCCGAUUUACACAUUCCUGGGACCGACAGCCCACCUCAGUCGCCAUCACCGAUACGAAAAGCGAAGAGUUCGUCGACACUUCUGGUGACAGAGCAACGGAAGGAACUUUCCACGCCGCCUUCCAACUCAUCCUUAAGAAAGAAAGCAAGUUCCAUGUUCCUGGCCCGAGGAAGUAACAUACAAGAUUUUGCUACUUGGGGCGAUUCACCAACAACAUCAGUUGCGACUACCUCGGCAACGACAACGCCCCCUCUACUAACGCACGCACGCCACUCCUCUGGUCCGGGACUAGGUUCAUCAGCGACAUCAUACUACACACAAGCUUAUUCCACCCAGCCAUCUACACGAACUUCAACAAUCACUGGGACAUAUGAACCUAGAGGUUCUUCGCCAACAUUACCAGCCAUAGCAACACCAUUACCUAUAGCAAUAGCCAUGUCUUCUGUCCGCUCUUCCGAUAAAUCAGUGCCUUACUUCCCUCUCGCAGGCCAAGCAAAGGAUGGGUACUCCAACGCUGAGGAAGCAACAGCGACAUGUUAUUGCGGCACUGUCCAACUCGCUUUCCCAGUCGAAGGACCUGGCUUGGUAUCGACUUUUGUGUGUAAUUGCACCGACUGUCGAAAGAUUACCGCGAGUAUGUUUGCUUCUAACUUUACUGUAAAGGAUAGUCAUCUCCGUCACCUCCGCGGCCAGGAGAACCUCUCCGUUUACAGUCAAGUUGCAACGAUAGCUUCAGGCCACUCAAUGGCGAAUCACUUUUGCAAAACCUGCGGUACGCUCAUGUACCGAGUCGGCGGCGGCUUUCCUGGCUGUUCCAUCCUACGCUUGGGUACUGUGGAUGAUUUUAAUCUAGUAGAGACCAAAUUGAAACCACAGAGUGAGCUUUUCAUCAAGGAUCGUGUGGGUUGGUUCAGCGGCGUGCAGGGGGAUGAAGUAAAGAGGAUGCAGGCUAUGUUGUGA